AAGCAUGAUGUUACUGUUUUUGGUGUGUCUACUGAUUUGACUGAUCUUAAUUUACCAACCCAUCUGGAUAUCUUGAGAUAUAAUUUUUACUUAAGCGAACGUGCUAAAACAGAAUAAAAAAAGUUUUCCCAUAAAUCAUUCACUAUUCAAGUACAAGAUAAGUUGAUUGGAAUUUGGGAAAAAACUUGGUAUGGAAAUAAUGCUGAAAAAAAGUGUAUGUGAUAAAUUUAAUAAAUUGCUUGACAAGUAUCAAGAGCAAAUCAAGAGAAGAAACAACACCAAACAAUUUACAGAGUAUGUAAAAUCUCUGGAAACAAUUUUUUACAUUGGAACAUGUAAAUGCGAUUUGAAGGCAGCUCCAUGUGCAUGCGGCUGGGUUCCCGAACGCCUCAAAGAGUUCAUGCACGAUCAACAUAAUCAAAGAAGACUAACAAUGAAUGCAUUUAUGAUGGAAACUGAAGAGCAAGGAGCAACGUCUAUGUCAUCAAUGCCAACAUACCAAGAUCCCGAUGAUUCAACAUACGCACCGCCACCGGUUCAAGAAGAUAUGGAUAGAAGCACAAGUUCACAAUACACAGAGAGAUACGAUUGUUUUAAUUUUGCCUUGGUAUGUGACAGAUUUGGUGUGCCUGACAGAGUAGCAUCAGCACUGGGAACCGCUCUUUUGCAAGAUUUUAAAAUUAAAGAUAAGCAUGGGAAACCUCUCAUCAUGAAUAAAUCGAAAGUUCGCAAAGAAAAAGAGAAAUGCAGACAAGAAGUGCUUCGCAAACGGUUAGAUGAUACCAAUUUGUUAGCGUUUUCAUUCGAUAGCAGAAGAGAUGAUACUUCAACGAUAGAUAAAAUUGAUGAGAAGUAUCAUACUAGAAUGGUAAAAGAACCUCAUCUUGUUAUUUUGAGAGAACCCAAUUUUGAAUUGAUUGGUUACGUAAGACUGACACAUGUAACCGCUGAAUACAAAACAACCAAAUUAAAUGGUUUUUUCAACGAUAAAAAUAUAUUACUGGAUACAUUAAUUGGAUUAUGCACUGACGGUCAGCCAACAAACACUGGCCCACACGGUGGAAUUAUACGACGAUUCGAAUUGCUGUUAAAAAGACCAUUGCAUUGGUUUGUUUGCAUUCUACACUUCAACGAACUUCCGUUUCGGCAUUUGUUUGAAGCUUUGGAUAAAUCAACCAGCACUGGACCAAGAUCGGCAACCGGAAAACUGAGCCGUCAAAUCGAAACUUGUGAAACUCUUCCGGUAAGU